AUGAAUCAUGAGAAUAUCCGAUUACACUCGAUGAUGAUAACAUUGACAACGACGAUGCGAUGGAUUUAUUUGAUUUGUUUGGAUAAUAUUGUGAGAAAUCAUGCUGUAAGACCGGCCCACCAACUACCAUUGACACUAAGGUAUUACGCAACUGGAACAUUUCAAGCAGUUAUUGGCGAUUUAGGUGGCAUCCACAAGUCAACAGUUUGUCGAAUAAUAAGAAGAGUUACUGAAGCCAUUGCUUCACUCUUACCAUUGUAUAUACAAUUCCCAGCUACUAAUGAGGGCCAAAGACAUAUCAAAGCCGGCUUUUACAACAUUGCUCGUUUUCCUAGAGUUUUGGGUGCUAUUGAUUGUACCCACAUUAAACUUCAAUCACCAGGAGGAGAAUAUCCUGAGAUAUUUAGAAAUAGAAAAGGGAUAUUCACUUUAAACGUGCAGGCAGUAUGCAACAGCAAGCUACAAUUUUUGGACAUUGUGGCACGGUGGCCCGGUUCAAGCCAUGAUUCCACUAUAUUCAAUGCAAGUAGAGUGCGAGCACGAUUUAUUAAUGGAGAAAUACGCAAUGCAAUACUACUUGGUGAUGGUGGAUAUGCGUGUUCUAACAUCAUAUUAACGCCAUUGCUGCAAACAAAUACUCGAGCGCAAGAACUUUAUAAUGAGUCACACAUCCGUACUCGAAACGUUAUUGAAAGAGCAUUUGGGGCAUGGAAACGGAGGUUCCCAGCUCUGGCAUUUGGAUUGGGGAUGCAGCCUGAAUUUGCUUAAGCAGUAAUAGUUGCAACAGCUGUUCUUCAGAACAUUGCGCUAGAGGCAAAUGAUCCUGAACCAUCCGUUGAUGCGGAUUUCAUAGAAGCUCUACAAGCAUUAGAAGUUGCUCCAGAUAAUGUGCAUAAUAGUGUCGAAAAUGCUAAUACUUGUUCGGUAAAGUCAUAA